AUGCUCCUCAGCGCCUCCCUGCCCGCGGGGCAGGGCUGGCAGCGCCCGAACCAGUCGGGCACGGGCUCACCCCGGGCUCCGGGGGCCUGGUGGGCACAAGGCAUCCGCAGGGAGCUGGGUCUUGGUGGGGGGAGUGGAGGUGCCUCGGGGGUCCUGCAGGACGGUUCCCAGCGGUGGGACGGGCUGAGCCGAGCAGGACAGCACAUCCAGCAGCACCAGGACGACGCCAUGGAGCUGCCGUGGGCGCUGCUGGCGCUGGCUGGGAUGGGCGCAGCCGCGGACCUGGCGGUGCAGAACAGGGGGUCCCCUCGCUCACUGCCCACUCCCCCAGCCCGGCUGCCCUACGUGCCCCGCGUACCCCCCGUGGCACUGCUGGGCAAGGUCACUGCCAGCACCUUCGCGCUGGAGGGGCCCCGCUGCGUCUUCGACGGCCACGCCGAUGCCUCGGACGCCGUGUGGCUGGCGGUGGCCUUUGCCAACGCAUCAGCCGCCUUCAGAAACCCGCUGUCCCGGGCUGACGUGCCCCCGUACAAGCAGCUGCCCACUGCCCGCUCCUACAUGACUCUGGAGACGGCGGCGGCCGCGUAUUCCUGCUCGGCGCCGAGCCCGCCCGUCCUGCGGGUCGGGGGGGACACAGCGUGCAGGGACCAGGGCAGACAGGACCCCUGCAAUGGGCCCCUGCCCUCCCCGGGACCCUACAGGGUGAAGUUCCUGCUGAUGGGCUGCCGCGGCCCCAAAGCGGAGACGCGGUGGUCCGAGCCCAUCCUCCUGCGCAGAGCCGUCAGCCCGAGCACCAUCGACCCUGCGCCCGCUCGCCGUGGCAGUGCCGUGCUGGUCAUCGCCUCCAUCCUGGCCAGCCUGGGGGCCGUGCUGGCCACCGCCGUGCUCGGAGCACUGGGCGCCAAGGUGUGGGGCUCCCUGUGCCACCAGAAUUUGGGGGCCGACGCCUUCAUCCGCAGAUCCUACCGGACCCACCACAUCCCCCCGGCCCUGCCCCAGCCCCUGCCCCCCGGGGACAUCUUCCGCUAG